CACUUGCAGCUGACUAUCUUUCUACUUACAGACCAAUCUCCCAUUUCAGCUGCUAAAGCGACGCCGUAAUUGUCUCAACAAACAACAAUGGAGGCGCCGCCGUUAACACCGUCAUGCUCUCCCACUUCCCUCCUCCUCCGUCACAAAAACCCACUCUCCUUCAACACAUUCCCACGCUCUCGCAAUGUCAAAACCCCAACAAAUUUCUCUAUUCGUGCUUCAUCUUCUACUUCUAAUGAUUCUGUUGUGACUUUGCUUGAUUAUGGUGCUGGCAAUGUUCGGAGUGUUAGGAAUGCUAUCAGAUUCCUUGGAUUUGAAAUCAAAGAUGUUCAAACCCCAGAAGACAUUUUGAAUGCAAGCCGUUUAGUCUUUCCGGGUGUUGGAGCAUUUGCACCUGCUAUGGAGGUGUUAAGUAAAACUGGGAUGGGUGAAGCACUUUGUUCAUAUAUUGAAAAGGAUCGCCCAUUUUUAGGAAUUUGUCUUGGACUUCAAUUGCUUUUUGAAUCUAGUGAAGAGAAUGGGCCAAUAAAAGGUCUUGGCUUAAUACCUGGAACCGUUGGGCGAUUUGAUUCAUCAAAUGGUUUUAGAGUACCGCAUAUUGGAUGGAAUGCUUUACAAAUCACAAAGGACUCAGAAAUUUUGGAUGAUGUUGGAAACCACCAUGUCUAUUUUGUGCACUCUUACCGUGCCAUGCCUUCAGAUGAUAACAAAGAUUGGGUAUCCUCCACCUGUGACUAUGGUGAUAAAUUUAUAGCAUCUAUUAGAAGAGGAAAUGUGCAUGCAGUUCAGUUCCAUCCAGAGAAGAGUGGAGAUGUUGGUCUCUCUAUUUUGAGAAGAUUCUUGUAUCCAAAUUCAAGCGUGGCAAAGAAGACUGGUGAGGGCAAAGCUUCAAAACUCGCAAAAAGGGUGAUUGCUUGUCUCGAUGUGAGAGCAAAUGAUAACGGGGACCUUGUUGUAACCAAAGGAGACCAGUAUGAUGUAAGAGAAAAUACAAAAGAGAACGAGGUUAGGAAUCUUGGCAAGCCAGUUGAGCUUGCUCAACAGUACUAUAAAGAUGGAGCUGAUGAGGUCAGCUUUCUAAACAUUACUGGAUUUCGCGACUUCCCUCUUGGUGAUCUACCAAUGUUGCAGGUAUUGCGAUACACAUCAGAAAAUGUUUUUGUGCCCUUAACAGUUGGUGGUGGAAUUCGAGAUUUUACAGAUUCUAAGGGAAGGCACUAUUCUAGUUUGGAAGUAGCCGCAGAAUAUUUUAGGUCUGGGGCUGACAAGAUAUCCAUUGGAAGUGAUGCAGUUUAUGCUGCCGAAGAAUAUUUAAGAACUGGAGUAAAAACAGGGAAGACCAGCUUAGAGCAGAUAUCAAGAGUUUAUGGGAAUCAGGCAGUGGUUGUUAGUAUUGAUCCCCGUAGGGUUUACAUAAACAAUCCAAAUGAUGUGCAAUUCCAGACCAUAAAGGUUUCAAGUCCAGGUCCAAAUGGAGAAGAAUAUGCCUGGUAUCAGUGUACAGUUAAUGGGGGGCGAGAAGGUCGGCCAAUUGGUGCUUAUGAACUGGCGAAAGCUGUUGAAGAACUUGGUGCUGGUGAAAUACUAUUAAAUUGCAUUGAUUGUGAUGGUCAAGGAAAAGGAUUCGAUGUAGGUUUAAUUAAGUUGAUCUCAGAUGCCGUCAAUAUCCCUGUGAUUGCAAGUAGUGGUGCUGGCAUUCCUAAUCACUUUUCCGAUGUGUUCACUAAAACCAAUGCAUCCGCUGCACUUGCUGCUGGCAUUUUUCAUAGGAAGGAGGUACCUAUUCAGUCAGUGAAAGAACAUUUGUUGAAUGAAGGCAUAGAAGUCCGAAUCUGAACAUUACUUAUUAGUUAUUAUUUUCAAGAUGCACUAUUUAAUAAGCAAACCCUGUUGUAUGUUAGCCUUUAACAUCUCAAUUUUCAGAAUGUGACAUUUUUGUAGUAUGAUCUCUCAUACAGUGUUUACUUCUACCUUUUACCAUUUGGUUUUACAAAAUUUCUCUGCCUCUUUGGUACAGGUUUUGAUGUUUAUCAUGUAUAUCUGAUCUUUGGUUAUAUAUGAUAAUAUGAUAAUGGCACAUGGUUAAAAAUAUUCUUGAAA